GCUCUAAACUUUCUGAAUCUCUACCGCUCCACAAGAGAAACCCAGAUAUUCUUCUCCUAUUUUCUCGCAUGUUUUGAACGGUUGACCUUAACUGUUUGUAAUUAUGCAUGACAUGGUGGAUUAGGAGAAUGACUGAGAAAGGGGAAAAUCUCCCCUUGGGUGUUCCCGUGGGACCUUCUACUGUGGUCGAGGGAAGAUUCUUCACGCGCAUGGUCUGAGAUUAGAAUAGACUGAACCCCCGAGAAGCUUGGUUUUAUACGCAACUAGUGAUGCUAAUAUCACUGUGAAAUAUCACUGUGAAGCAAAUUGUUGUUUUGUUUUCAUAAGCAAAUUGCUGUUUCUUUAAGUGGCUGGGGUUUAUGAGAGGAAAACAAUCCUACCCUUAUGUUCUCUAGAUUUAGAUUGCUUCAGUGAGGUCUGCAGUUCAGAGACAGUCAUAUAAAUACCUAACUGGGGUUUUCUCAAGAAUUUUCAGUUUUUCACAAAACAAAUUUUUGUUGACGAUGUUUCUGCGACUCGGACAGAUUGAGUUUUUGGAUACUGGCAAAACGAAUCCUUCGUGGAAGUUCCUCUUUUUGUUUUUCAUCUUUACAGUUCUUUUGUGUUUCGGAUCAUGAUGGUGUUUGCAAUUCGGAUUUAAUAGGCUCUGUUAGAUGCAAUUUGAAGAAUAUUCAACAUGCAAAAGGGUGCCUUUCCUUCCAAUUCUAUGCUUGGUUCCUCUUUAGAAGCUGCCAUGGAUUUGGAUUUUAUGGAUGAACUCUUGUUUGAAGGAUGCUGGUUAGAGACCAGUGACGGAUUCAACUUUAUGCAGCCUGGUCCUUCAAUAUCUGGUGCUCUAAAUGACCCUUUAUUGUAUUUGCCUUCAUCAGGGUCUCAUGCUAGUCAUAUGAGUAUUGGCUCACAUUAUCAAGUGAAUCAUCAAGAGACAGAAAGAAAAGUUCUUCAAGUUCCUUCUAAUCAAAAAAUUGAGUACCCUUCUGAAAGCCAGUCUCAAAAUCAGGGAGCCUUUGGGGCUGCCACUUCUGUAGUGCAAUCUGGGAGUUUUCUAAUUGAGGGCACCGAAUUGGGCAGUAGAUGGUGGAUAGGGCCAAAAGCUGAACCAAGCCCUUCAUCGUCUGUGAAAGAUAGACUAAUGCAGGCUAUUGGAUAUUUGAAGGAAUGUACAAAAGAUAGGGAUGUUCUUAUUCAAAUCUGGGUGCCUGUCAAGAGAGGAGAUAAACAUGUGCUUACCACUGAAGACCAGCCUUACUCUCUUAAUACCAAUUGUGAGAAACUAGAACAGUACAGGAAUGUUUCCAAAAACUAUAACUUUCCAACUGAGGAGGAUUCAAAGGAGAUAGUUGGGUUGCCUGGUCGUGUAUAUUUGGGGAAGUUGCCUGAGUGGACUCCUGAUGUUCGUUUCUUCAGAUAUGAUGAGUAUCCACGAAUUAAUUUUGCACAUCAGUAUGAUGUCCGUGGAUCUCUUGCCCUACCUGUUUUUGAAAGAGGGAGCGGAACUUGCUUGGGUGUGGUUGAGAUCGUGACAACUACUCAAAAGAGCAAUUACCGCCCAGAACUUGAAAAUGUCUGCAAAGCACUUGAGGCUGUUGAUCUUAGGAGUACGGAGAAUUUCAGCCUGCCUAAUGUUGAGAUUUCCAAUGACUUGUACCAAGUUGCAUUACCAGAGAUAGCUGCAAUUCUUAGGUCUGUCUGCAAGUCAAAUAGACUGCCUUUAGCUCUAACUUGGGCUCCAUGCAUACGACAAGGUAAAGGUGGAUGCCGACAUUCUGAUGAGAACUACAAACGUUGUGUCUCUACUGUGGAUUCUGCUUGCUUUGUGGCUGAUGCAGAAUUGUUGGAGUUCCAUGAGGCAUGCUCCGAGCACCACCUCUUGAGAGGCCAAGGGGUUGUUGGAAGAGCAUUCAUCACCCACAAACAAUGUUUUGCAACUAAUAUAACUGCCUUUAGUAAGACAAAUUAUCCUCUCUCUCACCAUGCUAGGAUGUUUGGGUUGUGUGCUGCAGUAGCAAUUCCACUGCAUAGCAUUUAUACUGGAUCAGUUGAACUUGUUUUGGAGUUGUUCCUGCCAAAAGAUUGUCAUGGCAGUGAAAAACAAAAGCAGAUGCUGAACUCAUUAUCCAGUGUCAUGCAACAGGCCUGCCGGAGCUUGCAUGUCACAUUAGACCAAGAGCUUGAAGAAGAGGUCAUAUUACCAGUUAGGGGAACAAUGGUUACAUCAGAUGAAAGAGCUGAUGAAAUAGCAAUUCAGUUCAGGUCUUCUCCUUCAAAAGAAAGCUCUCCAGAAGAGUCGUCUUGGAUUGCCCACAUGAUGGAAGCCCAACAGAAGGGUAAAGGUGUCUCUGUAUCAUGGGAGUAUCAAAAAGAAGAACCGAAAGAAGAGUUCAAGGUCACAACCAAUUGGGACAACACUGAGUUAGAACUAUCUAAUAAGCAGGUGCAUUCAGAGCUCAGGCAAGUUGAACAGAACUCUUGGAGCAAAAGCAGUGUUGAGGGUGGUGGUGAGUCCUCUUAUUCAGGUGGCCGUCAGACAUUGGGGGGUCAGAAAGCAGGUGAGAAGAGACGAACCAAGAUGGAGAAGACAAUCAGCUUGCAAGAUCUUCGACAGCACUUUGCAGGGAGUCUGAAAGAUGCAGCUAAGAGCAUUGGUGUGUGCCCAACUACUCUGAAAAGGAUAUGUAGGCAACAUGGGAUCACUCGAUGGCCUUCUCGAAAGAUCAAAAAGGUCGGCUAUUCUCUAAGGAAACUGCAACUUGUGAUGGAUUCUGUCCAAGGUGCUGAGGGUGCCAUUCAAAUAGGAUCCUUCUAUUCAACCUUCCCGGAAUUGAGCUCUCCAAAUUUUUCAGGGAAUGGUUUAUUUCCAUCAAUGAAGACGACUGGCCAUCCAAAGCCAUCAAAAGCUAAUCCUGAAGGUAGCUUGUUCACUCAUGGAGCUGCUGUUCCAAAAUCCCCACCCUCUUCAUGCAGUCAGAGCUCUGGUUCAAGUACUAGUUGUUCCACUGGUCCAAUGCAGCGUAGCACAAUAAUGAACACCUUGACUGCUGCAGAUGGCAUGAUGGCAGAAGACCCUGACGGGGUACUAAAGAGGGCUCCUAGUGAUGUUGAACUGUAUGUGUUGAAUCAAGAGAGGCCAAAGCUUCUUGCGAGAUCACAAAGCCAUGAAACGUUUGCUGAUCAUCCUGGUCUUGAGACUCUACCUUCCUUGCCGAAAAGUGGCACCCAGAAUUUACGAGCUGGGGGUGCCUUUAAAGUAAAAGCCACUUUCGGAGAAGUUAAAGUACGGUUCAGCUUGCAAUCAAACUGGAGUUUUAAAGACUUGCAGCAAGAGAUUGCAAAGCGUUUUAGCAUCGAUGAUUUCAGCAGAAUUGAUCUCAAGUACUUGGAUGAAGACCGCGAGUGGAUCCUCUUGACAUGUGAUGAUGACCUUGAGGAGUGUAUGGACAUAUAUAAAUCGUUUCAAAGCCACACGAUCCACAUCUCCCUUCACCAGGCUCCUCACCCAAAGUAAGGAAGUUCAUUCGGCAGCAGUACUUCAGCAUGACUCCAUGACCAGCUUCUAUUGUAUCAUCGAGUCAGAGAUCAAGAAUAUAGGUGUUCAGCAGCUUGUUGAAUGCCAGGAAAUUCUGUUCAUGUUUUUGUUUUUUUUUUCCUUCAUGAAGGAUCAUUUCACGUUAGUAAGAAGUAUGCAAUCUUGGCUUGUAAAGGAAUUUGAGUUACAGUCUAGUUGCAGAUGAAUCCUGUAACCAUAAACUCUUCAUUAGAUGCUCUACCACAUCAAUCUGUCAAUAUGCCACUCCCAGUGAGAUUGAAAGUAUGGUAAUUUCCCAUCCAAACUCACCAUGGAAGAGGUUUUUAAUGUGUUACCCUAUGGCGAAAAAUGAUAGUGUAACAUUAUAAACAUAAUAGAACUGU